UGUCAGUUUUUCAUUUUCAGCACAAAGCAUGAAAAGCGAAUCGUCGAUUUUAUAAAUUUAUUGCGUCACACGUAACAAAUACGAUAUAACACUACAGAAUUCCAUUUAAUAGGUAGCCGCUACUCUCUAUAAACGUUUGUAUUGAUUUCCCGGUCUUGCGGUCACCUUGAUAGGAAAUAGGAAUAAAAUUUACACGGAUGGAGUGCUAUGGACGUAAUAUUUAAGUGCAGUGAGAGAACUUUAAUUAUAACUUCAGUGAAUUUUAGUUGAAUUUCGAAUACGGUUAGUUGUAAAAAACACAGUGCUUAAUAAUGGCUCAAGGAAAUAUGAAUGGUCACCAAAUACAAGAAGAGCUGCCGCUCGGGAUCAAAGUGGAAGAGAUCGAGAUCCCGGUCCCGUGGGGCUUCGUGGCGGGGCGGUGGUGGGGGCCGCGCGACAAGCAGCCAAUCAUCGCGCUGCACGGCUGGCAGGACAACGCGGGCACGUGGGACAACCUGGUGCCGCUGCUGCCGGUCACCGCCGCCGUGCUGUGUCUCGACCUGCCCGGCCACGGCCUCUCGUCGCAUUACCCCACCGGCAUGCAUUAUUACAUCUUCUGGGACGGCGUCUCUCUCCUCCGCCGGAUAGUUAAGCACUUCGGCUGGAGUAAAGUCACCCUCAUGGGACAUUCCCUCGGCGGUGCGCUAAGUUUCAUGUACGCGGCGUCGUUCCCUGAUGACGUAGAUCGCAUUAUUUGCGUGGACAUCGCGAGCCCGGCGGUGCGCGAGCCGACGCACAUGGUCAACUCCACCGGCUGGGGCGUCGACAAGUUCCUCGAGUACGAAAACUUGACCGAGGACAAGAUACCCUGCUACGAGUACGAUGAGAUGAUCGACAUAGUGUGCGACGCGUAUAAAGGCUCGGUCUCGAAGGAGAACUGCAAGGUGCUGAUGAAGCGCGGCAUGGCGCCGGUGCCUGCGCAUCUCAACAAGAAGGGGUACUUCUUCAAGCGGGAUCCGCGGUUAAAGAUCGCGGGGUUAGCUAUGAUGUCGAUUGAAACAGCGCUCGCCUACGCGUCGAAGGUGAAGUGUAAAGUGUUGAACAUCCGCGCGUUGCCCGGACAGAAGUGGGAGCGGCUGGAUUACUACCUGGACGUCGUCAACAAGCUCAAGGAAACUGCUGACGUCACGUACCACGAGGUGGAGGGCACGCACCACGUGCAGUUGGACGCGCCAAUGAACAUCGUGCAUCUCAUAGAGGAGUUUCUAGAACAGUACUGAUUGGUUGAGAGUGUUGUAGGCAAUUGUUUGGUGCGGAAGCGGAGAUAUCACAAGUAGGUUGUUAAGUUCUGGGGUUGGUUCUAAAGGCAGAAGAUUGAUAAAUUAGUUAUUGAUUUUGAGCACUUCAAGUAAAAAACGUAUCUCUCUACUACAUACUUAUAUCUAGAUUUUUAAAAGCCUGCACAUUGUUUUCGAUUUCUGCCUUUAGAAUGAAUAGUCCAGAUCUACUGAAUAGAAAGUUAACAUCAAUCAUGACUUGCGAUUGAAUGUUUCCUUAGGUUGCACAUAGGUAAGUAGGUGAAAUUCUUGUAAAGCAGUCACAAUUUAAAUUAAAGGAGUUAAGCUAUAUUUUUAAUACUUAAUUGCAAUGGUUUUGGUGAAUUAUUCUUGAAUGAGCGCACAGUAGUUGAUAGUUAAGAAAUAUUCCACUUAUUACUUGAAAUUGUGAUAGAUAAAUGUAAAUAGUGUGAUACAAAGAGUGAUGUGAUACAUAUGGAAUAUGUAAUUAUGCUUCAGUUAAUUUAUUACUCGUAUGCUUACCUAGAAAAUCAUACCUAGUAUGUUAGUAAUUAAGGGCUAUUUUGGAUUACUAUUGAUAGGAAUUCGGUAUUUUGUCAGGUCAAGCUGGCUAGUAACCUGCGUGUGAAUGCUUUAUAAAUAGUACGCACGUGUGAAACCACAACUUUAAAAAUAAAUUGACGUAUUUUUAACUCUCUUAACCUUGUAAGAAAUAUUCCAAUGACGCUAUCAAAGCUAGUUAUGACCAUAAUUAAUGUCCAUAUAAUUACAGGGUCAAACUCGAAGUAAUAUCUAAUAUCCCAAAGUAAGUUGAACGUUGAACAGACCCGCACUUUUUUUUUGUGAAAACAUAAACAUAUUUUUGGAGAAAUAGAAAUAUUUUGACUGGGCUAAAAUUUAUUUUUUAUGACAUAUUGCACACUUGUCUAAUCUUUGGUUUUUGAUAUUUAUUAUUUGGUACAAGGAUUAUCCUUUUGGGAUAUAUUCCUCUCUCUUAGCUGACUCGUUUUAAAGAUAGCCUAUACUUAAAUGUAUGUUCAAAAUACAAAUAAUUUACUUGAUUAAUAGCGAAAUAGGAUUAAUGCAAGUCACCCGUAAGCAAUUCACUUCCAAUACAGAGAUAAGUAAUUCCAGUACUGUAAUAUGUGAGUUUAUUAUGUAUAUCUGAGUUUGAGUGUAGAUUAGGAUGGAAGAAUAUAGGCUAUAGCUAUAAUCUUACUGAACUAUUGAUAGCUGAUAAAAGUAUAUUUAUGUAUAGUACCUACAUACUGCGGUAUAACACUAACACAUACCUUUAAUCAUAUUACUAUAUAUUUAAUCAGCAGUUAUGACCAGUGAUAUCAUCAUUGUAUGAAUAAUUUUACUGCUAUAGAUUGAAAACUUAUUGUAUCAGUUUUUACACUUUGCCCUCGCCAUCAAUUUGCCUAUUUUCUAAUUUGCAAGUUUACAUAACUAUUUCUAAGCAUUUUAUAAGUUUGGCGAAACUCACAAAACGAAUUUACAAUUAUGUAUAAAAAAUGCGAAUAGCACUAUAAAAUUAUUUAUUCUUACACUUAUUACAAUAUAUGAAUAUUAUGAAUGAGUAUGUACAAAUACGAAGAGAAAAUAUUCCAAUGGUUUCGAUUGGUGAAUACAGUUGAUGUUAUGUUGUUGAAA